UGAAUAUAAAAAAUCUUAUUCUUAAAUGGCAAAUGAAAAGAAAACUCAAGACGAGUUGAACGCAAAUGAUGUCAGUGAUGGUGAUGAAAUUCCGAACCUUGUCAAAAAGGCUUCAACUAGUGAAAAUUCGGAUUUUAGACCACCAACAGAAGUUCCAAAAGAAAACCCAUUUUCUUUUAAACAUUUUCUGCGACGUGAUCCAACGACAAGCAACUCAAUCAAUCAUAGUCAAAGCAACACAAAUAUUGUAAAUAAUGGAAAUGAUGUGAUGACGACGAAUCAACAUCAAUCGUCGUCUCAAUCGCCAUCAAAAUCAGCCACAACAAGUUCCUUAAACUCAACCGGCGCACGUCCGAAAAUUCCACAAUUUCAAUCGGUUAGUGUCAUUCACAAUCAACCGGACCCAAAAAUGAAAAGAUCACCGAAAUUUUCUUCCUUUGAUUCCCAAUCGAGUCUUUCGGAGUUGGCUGAUGAAAGGAACAUGCACGGAUCACGUAGUAAUAAUUCCUUUAACAUGGAAUAUCAAUUUCCGUCAUCACGUUCUUACUCCAAUUAUGAUAUUGAACCAUCUGAUCGAAAACAACAUGGUGUUAGACCGUUUGCACAACGCUCACAGAGCAAUGUUAAUUCGUCCAAUUCAAUUCUUCCUGAUUUCGUUCAAGAUCAUUUAUUAAUGGAGUACUACAAUGACAAUUCGACAUCGAAUAUGUGUGAUGAAGGUUACAACUCAAGAAAUUGUGAUUCAAUAAAUCAUAUGCAAGACAUGCACAAUGGCCGUGACACUUUAGAUUUGACUUUUAAUCGUUCGCCUAACACACGAAGAAGAGUUAAUCAUGCAACAAUACCACUUGAUCUUCCAUCAUCACUUGAUCGACCACAUCGAUCUGGGUCGUCAGAGUUACAUUUACCGCCUGAUCUCAUGGACAAUGCAAAUUUAUCUGAUGUUGCUGUGCAACGUGAAGAAACUUAUGGGCCUCAUAAUGAACCGGAAAUAACACGAGAUCAAGCAGCAAUUGACAAGAUGCAAACACUUCCUGACUUCCUCUCAGACGGACCGAUUCAUUCUUCGGGAAGACUAGCAGACGUUGCAACGAUUUCACACGAGGAAGACAACCAAUCGAUUAUCGUUCGACUUCAACAGGAAAAUGAACGUCUUAGAAUGGAACUUGAUGAGAGUCGACACAUUAUUGUUGAUAUGGAAAAUGAGAUUAGUCAUGCAAAGAACUUAGAAACGCAAUACAAUGUUACGUUGGCGGAAAGUAUGGAACAAGUUGAAGAGAAUCUCUUUGCAAGCAAUCAAAGAGCAAUUGAAGCUCAAGCACAAGCAAAUAAAUACAAGCAACAAGAGAAGCAGUUAACGAUUGAAGUUCUACAAUUGCGACAGGAAAAUGAAGCGUUAAGAGAAGGUGGAGCUGUUGGUGGAGUUGGCGCUUCAUCAAACAAUAAUUCACAAAGUAGGAACUUGGCAAGAGAUCUUCGAAUGGCAGCAGCUUCCGCUGAAAAUAAUUUAAGACAACUUUUAAGUGGCGUUGAAAAUUUAAGACUUAUCGCCAACUCUAUGGACCAGCCUAGUUCAAGUAACUUGGAUUAUCUCUCUGAUAGCGAUGAAAAUGAGUUCAAUGAAGGACCAGCUUUGUAGAAUGGAAUAUUUUUACUUCCAUCAGAUUAUCAAUCUAUAAAGAAAAAGUAAGACGCAAUGUCGAUGGUGGGGAAAAUAUUUGCCUGAUAUUUUGUUCCACUUACAAAUAUUGUGGCAUAAAAACAUUAAUUCAACUGAUGAUGAUGGGAUGGACAGAAGAAAUGUUACAAAAAUUGAAAUAAAUUAGAAUUUUGCUUUGAAAGUUGUUCUAGAAAACUUCUAUCCGAACAAUCAUCAUCCAGUUGAAUAUUUCUCAAAUAUCUUCUUUUUAUUUGCCUACGCUUUAUCUCGGAAGAAAAAGAAAGACGUAAUCGAUCAAACAAAAUCAUCAUUUAUUAUGAAAAUCUCUUUAUUUUAUUUCAUUUUCUUUGUUAUUUUUCAAUUGUGAUAUUUAAUUAUCAAAAGGUUUUUACUUAAUUCGUUACACAAUUUCUUUUCCUCUUCCUUUUUGAAUCAGGGAUUUGCCUUUGAUUUUAAUUCGUUUAAAUUCGUUUUAAUUCGUUUUAAAGUUGUCAACAUGAAAUCAAAAGUUACGUGAAAUUCCAACAGUUUUCUCACGACUUAUUAAAAAAUAUGCUGGAAUGACAAUUUUUUACUAUUCUUAUGAUUUUAUUUUUUGUGAUUAAAUCUGUUGUUGAUUAACGUAAUGUAACUGCAUUGAUGAUCAGCAAAUCAAUCCCUGUUUUCCAUAAUCAAAACAAAUUUCUCCUUAUUUUAAGGAUAAUGUAGGAAUAUUUAAAUCUUUUGUGUUUUAGUUAGAUUGCAAUUUCAAUUGUGUGUAACAUUUCAAGUGAAAAGGCUUGGGAUGAUUGUUGGAUUGAAGUUAUUUGAACCUCAACGACAAACAAUUCAUUGUUAGGAAAGAAUUUAAAUUAAUUACGCUUUUUAUUGCAUAACAAAAAAAAAGAAAUGAAGAAUAAAGCUACGAUUAAAUGAAAUUACAAGAAAAGUAGAACAUGAUGAAUGCAAACUGUUUAAUUACAAACCAUAAUGAUUUAAAGGAAUUUUUUAAUGCAAGAGAAGAGAGAAAAAGAAAAGUGCGACGGAUUAUUGUGGCACAGAUGAAGCUUCGGAAAUUGUCAUCAAAACGAUACAUAAUUGUAUGUUGAAUCACGAAAGCUAAUAAAUAAAUGUUGAUCAGUAAAUAAAG